AUGGAUUACUCACUCCGACUAGAAAUCCCUUUUGAAACCGAAAACCAGGCCUCAAUAGCUGUAAAAGCAUUGUCUCCAGACCCAAUACUAAAACCUGAAGAUUUCCACGUACGAUUUUCUCAUAACAAUAACAAACUGCUUGUUUCCUUCCAGAGUGUCGACAAUCGAGUUUUGCGCGUAGGGGUCAGCAGCGUUAUAGACUCCAUAAAAACCAUAAUAGAAACCUUUGAUGAAUUCCCCGCCCACUGA